AUGAGACAGUAUGACAGUUUAAGCGUGAGGAGGGCGAAGAAAAGUGAGAGCAUCGGUAGUUACAACAAGAAAGUCACAUCGCUGAGCAGAUUUUCAAGUCGAGAAAAUAAAACAAAAGGUUUCAAAAUAGACAAAUGGGACGAUGAAGAUAAUCUGCAACAGUGUGAAAAACGGCUUCUACACAAAGCAGUUAGUGAUAAGAAAAAGAUACCAACUCUUUUGAGAAGAGUCCAGACAAAGCCACAUGCUAGUGCCGCAAGACCUACCACACUUCCCACGAAUGAAGAACGGUGUGGCAACAUGAGCAAGGCUAGCCCCAAGGGGUGUAACGUGUAUAGAGCUCAAACCAUGACAAGAAAUAUGGGUCGUAGCAGUAACGUGAGACGAAUCGAAAUUUCAGAAACUGCGGGGGUUUUCACCAAAUUAAGUCAGAGGAAGAAAGGCACGUUGAAAAAAAGUACAAAGUAUGAAGUUCAAGAUGAUAAAAAUAACAGCAGUAAGCAAGCAGCACAAAUGAGGUGUGAAAAUUCCAGGGGAACUUACCAUACGGAGGUAAAUAACAAAACCCAGUGUAGUCAAAAAUACGCGCCCGAUGUAUUAACCACAAAUAUAAGGAGCGCAAAAGGGAUAAUUUUUCAAAACGCACAGAUUCCCAUAUGGGCAAGUAAAACAAAUGAACGUGACAAAAUAAAUUGCACACGAAUUAAGAGAGAUAAAAGUAUGCCUUCCAAAUUUGCGUCAUUCGGCGAAGGGAUGGAGAAGGCCGCUGUGAAAAGCAGCGAUUCAAAAUAUUUAGAAGCACUUUUUAGACCUUCCAAUUUGGCUAGCUUAUCUUAUCCAGCAGAGGAGCACUUUGGCAAACAUGGCUUGUCAAGCAAUAGUGAUGCAAAUGGGAGAGGAAAUGCAAGGGAAAAGCAUGAACGAAGAGGUAACCAUGUGGAGGGGGCCUCCCCAAACAAGAUGACUAGUCAUUUUUCACAUCAACAUCAUCCGCAAAAUGACAAUUUUACGGAAAAUUCAGAGAAUCAUAUAAAGAGGGAAGACAAUCAUUGUUCCAAUUGGAAGGAUAAAAGUGGAUACAUUCCAAUGUGGGACAUAAAUAGCCACAAAAUUAUUAGCACAGAUUUUUUGCUUAAGGCCAAAGGUAGGCGUUCCCUUACAGAAAAAAAAAAAAAUAACCAAAACACACAGAAGGAUAUUAUUGCACAUGAGAAUCUUGCCAGUUUGGUUAGCGAAAAGGAGAAUGGCAAGUUCAGUCUGUAUAAAGCCAAUACAGCCGAUUUGGGUAUGAUGAAAAAAUCCCCUCGAAGGGAAAUCCUUACCAAUGCGUUAUGCCCUAAUGAGACAACCCCUUUAGAUGAAUCAAUUAAGAAUGUCCAAAAUUCUGAAGAGGAAAGAAUAACCCCCCAAAAGAACAGCACCUUUUCGAAUGCCCUAAGUAGCACAAAUUACGAUAUUGGCAGUUACAACCAAAAUUCUAAUUAUAAUGAAACGAGCCUCUGCGAAAAUAGGUCUUUGACAGAUAUCAUGUUUAGGGGGGAAAUCAGAAACCAAGGGAAACUGAGCACAGAUGAUGGUGGUAGAGGUCCAUUAAAAGGCAUAUACAAAUUGGAAGAAUCAACCACGGUUGAUAACACAAAUGGUCUAAAGAAUGUUAACUGUAUAGAACACCCCCAAUGGGUGAAUCUCCCAUAUAUACAGAAAAAGAGCUCAACUAAUAACGGAAAUAUUAUUCAUGCUAAUGGAAGUACCAAAAUUUUGAUUUCCACCAAGAGUAGUAAUCCCCCCUUCACAUGUAACAACCUCACACAUGAUAUUUCGAAUCAUAAGUUGCCUAGAAGGAACGGCAAUAUGCAUCUACGCAGUGUAACGAACACGAACGAGUAUUUUAAGAAGAGUUCCGGGGAUGUCGAUAAAUGCAGUAGGGAUAAUCUAAAUAUAUCGAAAUGGCAAAGAGGUCAUAUGUGGACAAAUAUUAGUAACCGACAGAAAGGGGAUGAAACAAAAGCCCACCACUCUGUCCGGGGUGACCAAAUUAGGAGCAAUCUCAAAUCCGAAUUGGUCAGUCAUGAUGUUAGACCGUCCAUGUUAGCAACGCACAGAGAUUUACAUGUCAAUUCGGCAUGCCAGCCUGGUGAAUCGCCAUGUCAGCCUAGUGAAUCGCCAUGUUUGAGUGACAACAGUGCUGGAUUUCCCAAUUUGAAUAGGCCAAAUUUGAACAAGUCCAAUUUGAGUAGGCCCAAUUUUUUGAAUCCCUCCUUCACUCAUUCUCAUCGAAGUCAACAGAAUCAACACAAAUUUGUAAGUACCACUCCACACCUCUUCCAUCCUUCCAAAAUGAUGUUAAAAGAAAACCAUCCCAUUUGUACUACAAAGAUGAUUAAGGCAACAACAAAUGGACCCUCCCAAAUUAGGCGCGCUGAUGAAGUUAGUCAAGACACCUACAGUGUGUUAACGGGGCCUAUUAAUACGGUUCGAAAUAAUUACCAGGCAUUUAAAAAAAUAUAUAUAGAUCACAGUGCGAGCGAAAUAAAACAUGUGAAUGGAUAUGUUUUGAGGGAGAGGGACCCUAAUGUAGACUCCGGCAUGUCAACAUGCAUAUCGCAGGGUAAUGCCAACACAAUGGAAAAAAUGGCAAAAUGUGAUCAACAACUCUCUAGUAUGAAAAAUGAAAAAAAUUUAAGCGAAAUUUCAGGGAGGGAAAUUGUGCUCCCAAUGAAGGGUUAUUUUCCCAAGCACAUCUUAGCGGAUAUAGAGGGGAAAAGUCGCGAAUUGAGUGGACACCUUUACAUGGAAGGUCUUCCUACCAAACCCACUCUCGUGAAUGACCCCUCCGUGGAGGGUAAUAAUGUCAACCACAACGAGGCCAUGUUUCACAUUCGCAAUCACCCAAGUGGGGAUGUGAAGAGAGACAUGUGUAAAAAAAACCAAGUCGGUAAUAGUAACUCCUUCACUCCUAAAGACAACCAUCAUUCUGAGGAUAAGACCAAGCGGAUAGACUUGGAAGUUCAUCUUAAUAAUACUGUUAACAAAUUUGCAACGAAAAACAGGCAGGGACAUAUGAGUCAUGGGGAAAAUGUGAAUACCGUUAAGCAGAUACGACCACAGGAACAGCUAACAAGUGACCCAUUCUGUAGGACUCCACAUGGAAACAAAUUCAUCAGUGGGAGUAGCACCAGGUUGAUGCCAAAUAAUCAAGUGCGCCACAUGAGCAAUGUGUUCUUCCCGUCUCCACCAUUCAGUGAAAUGUGCAAAGGCCCAUUGGGCAAUGAAGUCACUUUGUCCAUCUCUGGUGUAGAAAAAAAUGGUACAGUAGCUGGGGGUAGUUUUGAGAGAAAAGCGGAAAAGGGGUCCAUUCCAAGUGGACUACCUCCAAGGAGCACAUUUAAAUCAGCCCCAGAAAAAUAUUUAAAUAACGCCCACACCAUUCUAAAUAGGAAAGAAGUUAAUGAUAUUACCAUCUCCUUGUUGAGUAAUGGUACUGAUCAAAGCUCCAUGCAAAAUCACCCCCUUGCGAAGACGCAAAACAGGGCAAGGGAAUAUCUGCCCGAAGGAGCAACUCUUCCAUACCAGACGGAAACAACGCUAACCCAUUUGAAUGCCACAAAGGAGAUCCCCAACAGAAAUGAAUUGCCCGUUUGCAAAUCAAUUAGCAACAGUGAUAUAUACAACUACUUAAGGAACAAGGACCCAAAAACUCUAACCCAUUUCCACCGCACAGUAUCCUACAGAAAUCAGAGCUUGAGGAAGGAGAAGUCCCUGACGGUUCUGUCGCAGAAGGGCGGUAUGAAUACGGUUACCGAUUCGAGUGCAAAGUCGAAAAUGUUUUAUGGCGGUAAAAUGUUGGACGGCGGUAAAAUGUUGGACGGCGCGAAAAUGUUGGACGGUGUGAAAAUGAUGGGCGGUGUGAAAAUGAUGGGCGGUGUGAAAACGAGGGAGCAGUUCUUAGACGCUGCGUUCGAAGCAGACUCAAAGCACACCGUAAAAAAGGCAGUCGUGAUUGGCUGCAACUACAUGCGGGAGGCAGAAGGGGAAAGGCUAUACGGGGCAGUUAACGACGCAUAUAUUUUCAGCAGAGUUUUAGUUAAGUACUUCGAUUUUAAACCCGAAAAUGUUCUGCUACUAACGGAUAGUUUACCUUCAAAUGCAUACAUAUAUGAAGAUUUUGAUAUAAAUAAAAAAAAGUACAUAAGACAGGGAGAUAGCCAGAACAAAGCAAAUGAGGAAGAAAGGAAACAAAAAAAAAAUUUAUUUCAUUUGUUUAAUACGAACAACAUAGGUAGUUAUGAAAAACAUAAUUCAGAAAUAGAUAAGUGCAAUUCUUGUAAAAAUUUUGCUAUUAAAAAUGUGGAUUUUUCAUCAGAAGGUAUUAGCUUUCAUUUGUGGCCAACAAGGAUAAACAUUUUAAAGGCUGUAAAUUGGUUAGUCAGAGAUUCCGUUCCACUGGGUUCAUACGUUUUUUACUUUGCGGGGAAGAGUGUGCAAGUAGAUAACAUGAGUGGAUGGGAGGGUGAAGGUUACGACGAAGCUUUUCUUUGUUCAGACCCCUUUAACCGCAUCCUAGAACAGAACGUAUUGACAGCUAUUCAAUUGAAAGAUUUGUUGUUAAGUAUAAAUGCCAAUGCCCAAAUGACUAUCGUCCUGGAUUGCUCAGGAUGCCAAACCAUUUUAGACCCAGCUGGAACAGAAAAUUCUCUCUCUUAUAUAAAAGGUUGUAAGCAGAAAGGUAUAUGGCCAAUUACAAAUCCAACCAAUAAGGUACAUAAGGCUAUUUACGAUGUGACAAUACUGAAUAAUUCUAGUAUGAAAAAAUAUUUUUGCAAAUCAAGGUACCAUCAAUUGAUAGAAGUAGAAUCCACGGCUGCUAUGAUUGACCCCCUCCUUCAAUCCAUUUCUUCUUUGCCCAUUGCGCCCAAGGCUUACUGCUUCUGUGGAGCUACAUGGGAACAAAUUUCCAUAGAGGGAUUAUUCCCCCCUAUGGAGUUCGCUCGGGUUACACAGAUUAAGGGGAUGGAUACAUUUGUCCAUUCGGAGGGGAAGAGGAAGGGUUGCAAGAAAAAAGGCGGUAGAAAGGGAGAAAGGGGUGGCGAACCCCCCCGGAAGGGGGAUGAAAAUUCAGCCAAGAAAAGUGUCUACGAAAAAAAUUUCAGCUUCUCCCUAAAUAUGGUGAAGAUGUUUUUUAACAGUAGUAGCGCGGGAGGUAGAAGCGGUAAGGAACAUGCACAGGACGCGACUUCCCUUGAUGUGCGGCAAAAAAACGGGCGCAUGGAGGGAUGUGAUAGUGGGGCUGGAACGGAGGAGCAUGCGUGUGGCAAAGCGGGCGAGCACAUGGACCACGGCAAUCACAGCGACUAUUCCGAGGAUACUUUGGGCGAAGCAGAAGGAAGCGAUGUGGAAGAAGAAAAUGACGACUACUCGCUCGUCAGCCACGGAGUAUUUACUUAUUGCCUAGUUGAAGCCAUCAUCGAGUUUAAAGAAUCGCAAUUGAAGAAUAACAUUUCGGAAAGGAAAAAUCAACCCCUCCUUCCAAUGACGUUAAAAAAUUUAAUAAUCCUUGUCCAAAAAAAAGUAGAAAAUGUAAAAAAUGAAAAAUUAAAAAAAUUAAAUCAAAAACCAGAAUUCACUAUCCACCCAGGAGCUAAUGCUAACAGUAAAAAUUAUUUUAUCCAUUAUUGCAAAAAUAUACAAUUCCAAAAUUAUAAAUUUAAUUUUAUAAAUUCUGAUUUGUUUCCUUUUUUAAAUGUUAAAAAAGCGUGGGAAGAAAUCAACAGGAGCAGCACCGUCAAAAGUAGGAAGUCUCUGUCCGUCACCACUACUCUCAUUAAUUCCGCAUCUUCCAAAUAUUUUUCCGACACAAAUGGGCAGAUUAAAAAUUGCUACUCAAUGAGGUAUUAA